AGAUCUGAAGCUUGGUAUUGUCUUGUUAAAUAGUUACCGUUGUCCAAAAAGGCUCAUCUAUAACACAUGUGCUAUUACCAAAUCACAUGUAGCAGAAAACCUAUUUGAGAAAAGCCGAGUCACAGCGAGGGAGGCCAUGCGUUGUAACCAUCGGAACAAACGUGAUGGAGUUGAUUAGCUAGCUAGAUCACACUGACGCGGACCAAAGCAUGGAAGGACCUACGCCUGUUGCUGAAAACCCACAUGCAGAGUAUGGUCUCACAGAAAAUGUUCAGAGAAUAGCGGAGAGCGAGAAGUCCAACGCAGAAAAGGUUUCUAAACAGAAAGUGGAUCUGCAGUCUCUUCCCACGCGCGCAUACUUGGAUCAGACGGUAGUGCCCAUACUACUGCAGGGACUCUCGGUACUGGCCAAGGAAAGACCUCCAAAUCCCAUAGAAUUUUUAGCCGCCUAUCUCCUGAAGAACAAGUCGCAAUUUGAAGAUCGGAAUUGACUUCCUGGAGGCACCGGUGGCGCCCAGCUGUGGCUAUAUAUACUUCCUUGUUUUUAUUAAGUGAGGACAUGUGACAUUUUCUUUCUGCUCAAUAACUUAGUUUUCAAAACAUCUUAAAUAAAAUAGUUGUUGCAGAACGCCUUUUGUUUGUAGUGGUUUAUGUUGAAAAUAAAUAAACAAAGACAACCACGUGUGAA